UCUGUCAAAUGGGUGUACAAGGCGUGGAACGGGUAUAAAAGCGGUAAUUUUAUUCUGAUUGUCACUGUUUAUUUGUUCGAACUAAAGAAACAACAUGUUUGUAAAACUGGUAGUAUUGGCUUGUAUUUCGUCUGUCGCCCUCGCGGCGUACAAUGGCCCAUUGGCUGGCGGUGAACCUGCUCAUCGUUACCCAGCUGGAGUCGACCCAUCCGCAUGCCCCAACUUCCCCCACUGCAACAACCCCGCCGUAGCCGUUAAUCAGCAACCAGCCCACGCAUGGAACGCCCAACCACAAUGGAACGCAGCUCCCCAAAACCAAUGGAACCCAGCUCCCCAGAAUCACUGGAACGCUGCCCCUCAAAACCAAUGGAACGCAGCUCCCCAACAAUGGAACGCACAACCAUCGUGGAAUGGUAAUCAAAACGCCCUCGACAGUGGUGCUUAUACCGGCGAUGGUGACUGGCACGGAGAAGGACUUGCCGAAGCUGGUGCUUUCGGUGACAUCAGCCACAACUUCAAUGAUCCUGCCCCAGGACACCCAAUUCCCCAAGCUGCCCACCACGUUCCAGUGCCUGGACUUCCCGCUCAACUUCCCGCAGGUGUUGACGCACACGCCUGCCCCAACUACCCCUACUGCCACUAAAAAUUUAAAAACAAGCUAGACACCAGCUGACAAACUGUUGUACAGAUAAAAUAUAGAGUAACUCACUGCGAUAGCAGUAAUAAGCCUACGCUGUGUUAAAAUUAUAAAUUCAUCUAUCUUACUCUUCUUCUUUUUUCAAUUAUUUUAAUUUCUGUUUACUUUCUCGCUAUUUCUUUCUCUUGUUCUUGCUCUCUGUCCUUCUGCUCUCAUCUGAAAGUCUGUUAUUUAAGGUAAACUUUUCUAUCAUUUUAUAGUGUAAAUUUAACCUUGCAGCAGGUGCGUGCAGCGGGUAAAUGCCUCGUAAGCAGUAACAACCAAUGGAUUAUCUACACUUUUUUUUUUGUAUAAUAGACUCUCUUGUAUAUACUAUGUAUGUCGCAUGAUUGAAUAUUACGAGUGCUUGUACAAAAAGUGAGAAAUAAAGUCAAAUGAUAUUUUA